AUGGAUGCAGCAGGCAGCGGGUUAGACAAGAGCGCCUUUCAAGAGGUCGCCAAGGCUGCCCAGAAGCCCUACAUCUGGCUCGCCAUUUCGAAUGGCUCAGGCUGGGCUGUGUUUUCCAUGCUCCUGGGCCAAACUGCAGGUGUCAUUUUCUCCGGUCCCUUCAGUGAACGGUACGGUCGAAAGCUCGUCAUCCUUCUCGCUGCGAUUCUGUAUACUAUCGGCGCCAUCCUAAUGGCAGCCAACUUCGGCUCCUUCGCCUAA